AUGGAAUCAACUAUCCUACAUAAUGCGACCAUCCUCGUUCCAUCCGGCAACCCGGAUGAUUCCGUAGUUGCCCUCCAUCAGCAUUCCCUGCUCAUCGAAGGGAACAAGAUCGCGCAGAUUUCCCCUCAGAUCUCCCCAUCAUCGGAACAGACGCGAGUUAUUGACUGUACGGGCAAAAUUGUCUCGCCAGGGUUUAUCGACACUCACCACCAUAUGUGGCAGACGCAGCUCAAGGGUCGCCAUGCAAACCACACUCUCCUGGAAUACAUGCCAUCGGGAAACCUCCAACAGUCUAAUUUCACCCCGGAAGAUAUGUUCUGGGGCGAGCUGGGAGGCUGUCUGGAGGCCCUGGACGCCGGAACCACGACAGUCGUCGACCACGCUCAUCUGAACGUCUCCCCGGCUCAUACAUGGAACGCAGUCGAGGCAACUGUCUCGUCCGGUAUCCGGUCUGUGUUUUGCUAUACGCCCACGCUCAAACUCAAAACGUGGAAGCCUGACAUGAUUCCGGAUUUCAACAUCCUGAACGAGUGGGUUUUGCGCCAGCUCGACGAGCUCGGUGCCGCACUCCCUAUUGGCGAAUGCCGAGUGCAGCUUGGACUGGGCUUUGACGGGCUGAUGCUUCCCCGAGAAGUGGUGAUAGCAUUGUUUACUCAGGCUCGCAAGGCGGGAGCGAAGGUUAUUACAUCGCAUUAUGUUCGGGGAUAUUUUGGUCCCGGAUCCCAUGUCGACCUCCUUGAGGACUACGGUCUCCUCGGACCCGAUAUCCUCAUUUCACACGCCACCAACCCUACCCCUACAGACAUUGAGAAGCUCCAAAAGGCACGAUCCUGGAUCUCCUCAACCCCGGACACGGAACUGCAGAUGGGACACGGGAAGCCGGUCUGCUUCCAGGCGGGAUGCAAGGAUAUCAGUUCCCUUGGCAUCGACUGCCACAGCAACAAUUCCAGCGACAUGAUGACGCAGAUGCGUCUUGCGCUGCAGAGCGAGCGAUCCUAUCGCCACGAGGAGCUCAUUGCGCAGGGGAAGUCCUCCCGAUCUCUAGACAUAACCGUACAGGAUGCUUUCAGACUGGCCACUAUCCAGGGUGCUCGUGCCAUCCAUAUGGAAGAGCAGCUGGGCUCGAUCGAAGUCGGAAAGCUGGCGGAUUUGGUUAUCUUCGAUGCCAGAAGUCCAGGUCUGAUCUGUGCGGCCGAGGAGGAUCCCGUCGCUGCUAUAGUGCUUCAUUCAUCCGUUCGAGAUAUUGAAACUGUCAUCGUUGACGGGCGCAUCCGCAAGGAAGAUGGAAAACUGGCCCCUGUCGAGAUCGACCCGUCUUUUCCAGGGGUGACUAUCCCGAAACAGAGGGUUGGCUGGGGGGAUGUGGCCAAAGAGUUAUUGUCUAGUCGGGACCGGGUGCUCAGUGCGAUCGCAAAAGCAGAAGCCGACGACUUCGACCACCAGGUUUCAGCUGCUAUCAAGCUGUUUCACGCAGACCCGAACAAGUUCGUCUGA